AUGAUGUCGGGGUACGUGCACUAUAGCAGUGCGGCUGUUCGUACAAAGCCUGGUUACGCUAAGAGACAGUUUCGCCAAGGCUGCACGGCGCCGUCCAACAGCCCUCACUACAGUACCGCGCUCCCAGAACAUCGAUGUUACUCCGCUGCGAGCCUAGCUUCCGAGCGCACCGCUCAAAGCUCUGCAGACACACGACACAGGCGCUGUUAUAAACGCGUGCAACUGCCCGCCCCCGCCCACCACCACGCACCACGGAAACGGAAAGCCAAACAGACCUCCGCGGCGGUGGGGUAG